AUGCCCGCCGAUUGCAACCACGCUGAUAUACCCGUCGAACGGUCGGAUGAAACAUUGCGAGACUGCCCGCGGUGCGACGAGCGGUUUGAUCGCAACACGUCGGAUGAACUUGCGCCGUUGGAUCUGCCGUUAACUGCCCGCGGCGCGAAGAUUCGGAUGUGCAUGGGGAGCCCGUCCGCGCCGUUCGCGCAGGGAACGUUCGUAACGAAGCCUAUGAAGCACGGGAAAGCGUUUCACAACCGGUUUGCGCAGCUCACCGUGUUUGAAGCGGAGGUUCGGCACGAACCGGAGGUUUGGGCCGAGGCAGAGGCUCGCCGCGAAACUUCCGGGGGGACGGCAGGCGGAGAUAGUAUCGGACAGGCGGCAGGAGCAGGCGGAACGGCUGGCGGACAGGGAGGAGACGGCGGAAAUGGGGCACAGCAUGGGGGACGGCAAGGGGAGCCGCAAGGGGGACAGCAAAGGGGACAACAAGCGGAGCCGCAAGGGGACCAGCAGCAAGUGGGGCAGAACCAAGGGGGGCCUGGGCGGGCAGAACCGACAAAAACGACACUGCGGCUGCUGUCGUUUUUGGAGGACGACGAUUCGAUUCUCAAGUCGCAGUGGAAGGGGUGGGGUGAGGCGGAAUAUAGCGACCUCUUCACUCCGAGUGUGUUUAAGGUGCAGUGCCACGUUUGGCCCACGCACGACGCUUAUAUGCAGACCCUGGAGCCUGCUUAUAUCGUGGAUGCAGUCGCAAAUAACAGCUAUCUGUGGCAUAACAUUAUUGAGUGCCCUCUGCCACCGUACACCGAGCUUGUGACUGAUAACGAGACCGUUUCAAGCGAACCAGCCAGCUCCGCUGCUCCUCCCUCUGAUCCCUCUGCGACUCCUGCGUUUAUGAGCGGUCGAGAGCGGUUGGGAACGGUGGAGGGGAGAAAGUGGGCGGUGCAUCACCUGCAGCAGGUGCAGGUACAGCUCGUGGCAGCAGAGGAAGGGGCAGACCUUCGUAUGCCCCCGCUGCUGCUGUGCCGCGCCGACAGCAACAAACACACCCUCGCCUCCUCCCCCCUCUCCCUCUCCCUGACUGCCUCCCGCCACACCACUGCUGCUGCUGCUACGGCCCAAACCAUCCCUCUCUCCUUCCCUCCGCCGUUUCCGUUUGCAGCAAAGGAAAAGGAAUUGGCUGCUCUGGCUGUUGCCGGGGCUGCUGCCGAGGCUGCUGCUGCUGCAGGGGGUGCUAAGGGUGGCUCUGGAGGUUCGGCAGGCUCAAAGCCCGCUGUAGGUUUGGGAAGUGGUUCGGAGCUGGUUCGGUUUCUGGCGGAGGCAGAGGGCGGGGCGAACAGCACAGAUAAAGCUUCUGGUGGGGAAGCGCUCAGUUCCGAGCACCUGCUUGUGAACUAUGAGGAUGCAGCUACUAACGAGGAUGAGUUCGGCAGCAGCAGCAGCAACAGCAGCGGCAGGAGUGCAAGCGAAACCGGGGAGGGAGGAAGAACCACUGAGCACGCAGGCAUGGGAGCAGUGAGCAUCUGCCUGCGCCCCGUGCACAAACGGCAGAUGUUCUCCGACAACGUUGCUGUAUCCGACGUGCGAUUACUCGAGUGGAUCGAUGCGUGUCUGCUGAUGGGAGUGGAUCGCAUCUAUGUGUACGACCGCUACGCCACGCACAUACGCGCGCUGCUGUGGGAGUACAUAGCGAGGGGGCAGGUGGUGCACGUGCCGUUCCCCAAUUGGAGCGAGGUGUUCUUUAGGCAAGCGCAGUACGACGGCAAGGCCAAGAAGCCCUACGCGGUGAAAUUUUCAAAAUUGCCGUUCCACAAUUGGAGCGAGGCGUUCUCCAGACAAGCCCAGAACGACGGCAAGGCCAAGAAGCCCUACGCGUUCCCAGACAUAUACGACCAGGUGAUAGCAUUCGAGCACUGCAUGAUGCUGGGGCGGAGGUUCGGCGACAGGUGGCAGCUGCAGAUAGACAGUGACGAGUUCAUCUGGUACCACCCCCAGGCUGGGGGCUUUUUGAAACCCCUUCUCGCUAGGAUAGAGGUCAACCACGCGCGCGCACCAGGCAGCAAGCAGCCUCUCCGGGCGAUUCUAAUAAGGCGGUUCAACUUCUGGGGAGUGAAGAAGGAGUCGCGGGGGGACCCGGUAUCCGACAGGCUGCAGUGGCGCUGCAGUGAGCCCAUGUGGCACACCAAGACGUGGGUGGGCUGGCACGACAAGGUGGCCGUUAACCCUCAAACGAUUCUUCCCUAG